AUUAUUAUUAUAAGGCAGUGUAGCAGCAGCAGUAGCAGGAGUCACUCAAGCACGGAAGGGACCGCUUCUCGUAACAAUCACUCCACCUUAUAAUUUAUCAAGUGAACUCAACCGUAUACCAGAAACAUGAAGACUGAUCAGAUACAGUAUUCUGAUAAAUACAACGACGACAAAUAUGAGUACAGACACGUGAUUUUACCAAGUGAUGUGGCAAAGUUAGUACCAAAAACUCACUUGAUGACAGAGACAGAAUGGCGCAACCUUGGUGUACAACAGUCCCCAGGGUGGGUCCAUUACCUUGUACACAGCCCAGAGCCACACAUCUUGCUGUUCAGGCGACCAAGAACAGAUGUGGACAAAGCUCAGAAGACAGAGAAGAGCGGUAACAGCUGAUCGUUCCCGCUGACCCGCUCUCCCUAAUAGUAAUGCCAGCACUCACCAUCUCUGAAGCACCAUUGUUGUCACUGCUCAAGAGGGUUGGUGCCUAUCACAGGAUGUGUCUUGAGUACUUAGUAAAUAAAAUUGUAGCAUAUUUAUUUGAACUUAAUAAAUAUUAUUGUUGUGUA